GAUACAAAUGCCUUGACCGACAGACCUUUUCCAUAACGCUUGAGUAUAGUGAAACAGAUGAGGCGCUACCGGCAAUAUGGCCACAACCACUAGUCUGUCGGAAACCGAGCCGGUCCUCUCCCUCACCACCCAGACCCCGAGCAUGUCGCCGAGCCGCCCCGUGGUGACCGUCCAUCAAAGCGAAUACAUCACUCCCAACGCAUCAGUCACCGGACGAGAGCCGAGUACCAAUCCGCUGCACUGGCCGAAUGACCAUCGUCGGGUGCCUCCUCAUCGGCCCCCCCAAGUCCAUCCACAGUGGGUCGAAAUUGGCGGGCCGUUGCCCAUGAGAGUCUUUCUGUGGAAUAUGUUCAGUGGAUGUCGGCUCCUUCAGUGGGCAUAUGCUGUCCCCAGAUCGCUGGGAUAUCACAAAUACGGACCGGACGCGAAGUUCAUGUACAAGGUAGCAGGAGAAUGGUAG